GGGAAGCGGCGUCGGAGAGUAGGUAUCAGUCCAGGCUGUUGGUAAAAGUGCUGAAGCCAGACAGGAGUGGCUUGAACUUCCUGGAGCUAAUGCUCUGUGAAGAGGCAGAUCCAGGACUAUUGUGUUUUUGUAAACCCUAAGCUCUUGGAGGCUACAGACAUGUCACUGGAAGAUAUUCACAUGAACACGCAGGACUUGCUGCAGAAAGAAGAACUAGAUGCUGGAGGAUUUGGAAUGGUUUCUUUAUGUUAUCACAAGAAAUAUGGGCUUGUGGUAUUAAAAACAGUGUAUACGGGACCCCAGCGCACAGAAUAUAAUGCUUCCCUUCUUGAAGAAGGAAAGAUUAUGCGCAAACUAAGUCACGAUCGGGUGGUGAAAUUACUAGGCAUCAUUCUGGAAGAUGGGAACUACUCUCUGGUGAUGGAGUAUGUGCACAAGGGAAACUUGAUGAAAGUACUUAAAACAUCCACUAUUCCCUUGUCUGUGAAAGGGCGGUUCAUCUUGGAGAUCAUUGAAGGAAUGCUUUAUUUAAAUGAGCAGAGUUUGGUACACAAAGACUUGAAACCAGAAAACAUCCUUGUAGACGAUGACUUUCACAUUAAGAUUGCAGAUCUUGGUGUCGCCUGCUUUAAAAACUGGAGUAGACUGACCAAAGAAGAGACCAGCCGGCAGAGGAAAAUCAAGAGCAAUUCCAAAAGCGCGUCCAGGAGCGCCGCUGGCACUCUUUUCUAUAUGGCCCCGGAGCACUUACUCUCAAUUAACACAAAACCUGUGGAGAAGUCAGAUGUUUACAGUUUUGGCAUAGUGCUCUGGGCAAUUUUUGCCAACAAAGAGCCAUAUGAAAAUGCUAUAAAUGAAACACACAUUUGCUUUGGCAUCAUGAAUGGGAACAGGCCAAAUACAGAAGAUAUUAAAGACAAUUGUCCAAAGGAAAUUAUCGACUUAAUGAAGCACUGUUGGCAACAAGAGACAGAAAAUCGGCCAACCUUUUCAGAAAUUAGUCAGAAAUAUAAGCCAUUUUACUGUGAGCAACUAGAAAAAGAUGUUGAAGAUGACUUGAGAAAGAUAAAGAAAGCGUACUCUGGGCCAACUGAACUUGUGAAAAGGAUGCAGUCCCUUCAGAUAGACUCUGUCGCAGAAUCUCCAAAUAACGGACAUGCACAAACAGAUCAGCCCAAUUCCCUACAUAGCUCUCAGGGUCUCAUGACUGGCAAUGUGGAUGAAGCCAUGUUUGCUCCCUUUCCAGCGAACCAGCCUGUUGAGACCUGUGAGUCCUCCUUUGAGGCCUCUGUUAGCCUAGAAAGAAAAUUGCAGGAUGAAUUAAAUUAUCAUAAGCAUGGCAGCCGGAUGGAUAAUUCAGAAAGCCAACCUCUGGUAUACAGUGCUGAAGAGAGAGAGGAGGAAAGAAGACGAAGGGUAUCCUUUGAUCCAUUUGCAACUCCACCUGCUGCUCCACAGAUGAAUGAAUUAUAUCUGAAAGCUGAAAGCACAGAAUCAAAAGCCAGUCCCUAUAGUAACAUGACCAAUUACAGUCAUUUACAACCACCACCACCACCACCAGCUGCAGCAACUCCAAUAUGGGAAAAUGUACCAUACAAUCCAAAUAUUACGUAUGGGACAAGGCCUAUAGAUCCGAUAACAAGAUCUACAGAGGAUCUCUAUGGAUCAAAUUCAGCCAAUACAUUUAGUCUGAAUAAACCCCCUGUGCCUGAAUCUGGCCUACACCAGCAGCCACAAGCAUCCACACCAUGGUUUCCAAAAAGCCCGAAUACAGAGACAGAAAUGGGCUGCAGUGCUGCUAGCCACCACGAGGGGCCACUGGAUUCAGCAGAGUCCAGCUUACACAUAGAAGACACUGCUGUGGAGAGGAGGAGGAAGCUAGAGGGUUCCUGGCAGCUGCAGUCUCCAGCAUGACCUGAGGGAAGGAGAGGGCAGUGUGUAGGAAACUCUGUGCAAGCCUGAGACCAAGCAUCAGGCUGUUUCUCGCUCUGGAUCCCUGGGCUCCGGGGAAGGAAGGGGACAGGUGUCUGGGCAAUGGGGGGCCUGUAGCUGGGCUCUGGAGAGGGACAGGGUAUGGGUAUCUGGGCUGGGGGAGGGCCGUGGUGAGGCUCUGGGGAGGAGGGGGUUGGGGUGUAUUAGCUGGGGGGCCCCACAGCUGGGCUCUGUGCGGGAGGGGUUGUGAGUGUCUGCCCCCCAGAUGGGCUCGGGGGUGGGGUGGGCAGAGAAACAGGAACUGGGUUGUCAUAGGGGUUUCUUUAACUCUCUACUCCUGGGGGAAUUUUUGUGUGUCUGUAUUGUUACAGACAUACUUGUUGACAGGUAUUUCAAAAUAAAUUAUCAAAAUAAUUGAAACUGGCAUGAUUAUGUAGUGUUAUUUUGACAAAUAAAAUUUGCAAAAUUUUAAAAUAUUGUGCGCAGAAUUUUUAUUUUUUUGGCACAGAAUGCCCCCAGGAGUAAGUUGGGCAGCUAAAUAACUAAUGAACUCUCCCAACCCAUCGAGGGUGAAAGAAUCAUAAACAAGAACAAUCACCAGAUUGUGCUAGAAGCAAAUGGUAGUUGUUUUUAGAUACACAAAGGUGUGUGAAAUGAGUCAGAAUCUUACUGCAGGUCAAUUGCAGCACAGAAACUGUUAAAGUGAGGAUUUUUUGGUACCUUUCAGACAAUGAAUCUUUUCCGGCUCUGGUGGCUUGAUUGGGUAGAGCAAUGCUAUACCAGAUGAAAGAUCCAUGUUCAUAAGUGACUCUGAAUUCAAGCCAACAGGAAGCUGAUACUCUUAGCUGUACAGAGAGCAGGUUAUAUCUAAUGCUGCUAUGGCAAUGCCUCUCAGCAAUUGCUGGUGAGGUAUGUAUCCUCAGGAACAGAAGGCUAUGGAGCCGGAGAAGGGAGAGAAUAUUGAGAGUUUAGCAAAAAUAAACAAAAACAAACAGGUCAAUAACGAUGUGUUCAGUUGAGUUUCUCCCAAACCAGUUAGGAAAAGGACAAGGUAUUAUACAGAUUAAUCAUCUUACCCUUGAUGCUGGAUUUUCCGGGUAUGGUAUUCCUUUUCAGCACUUAACACUAAGAAACCACAAGGUACCACAUAGUUGACAGAGAGAAUGCAAAAAAAUGCUGUAUGGAGAGUCUGCAAUUGCUGUCUAUAUCAAUAUAUUGAUUGAGAGGAGUUUGUCAGAGCUGUGACUGUCACAUCUGCAGGUGGAAAUUGUAACUCUCAAAAUCACUAAUAAAGUUAAAUAUUUGGAUAGAAAGAAAAGAAAUGCAGAAGGGAUUAUUGGGAAGCAGCAUGAUAUAGUGGAGAAAAUACCAGACUAUGAGCAUGGCCACCCAGAGAUUUGAUGCAUGGUAAGCCAGGAUGUGAAUGUACAGCACACUAGCCUGCUGUGGCCUAAAUUGCCCUAUGGACGCCGCUGCCUCGUGCUAAAAAUUCCAUGCUUAGUGUUUCAAGCAGCAGUAAGUCAAAGUGCACUACAGAAGUUGUGCAUGGCAGCAGGGUUCACAGGGUGACUUAGGGCAUGGCAUGCUAAUGUGCUGUACUUUCAUACCCUGGCUUGCGGCACACUAAGGCUCCAUAUAGGCAAGCCCUGAGAAUCAGAUGACCUGCCAGCCCUUCUGUUUACUUGUUGUGUUACCUUAGGCUGGAAUUUUCAAAUUUGUGUACCUAAAAUUAGACUCUAAUAUCUAGACUCUAAUCCUGCACUGGAAUCUGCUAGCAAAAGGAAUUGUUACAUCUGUGUGGAAUCCCACUGGUCACACUGGCACUUUGCCAGUGUCUAUGCAGGGUCUAUGCUAGAGGAUCUUGACACAGAAUAAGGUUGUUACGCACUUCAUUAAGCUAUGAUGUGUUUAAUUAAAUAUACUUUUAUUGGAUUUAUUAAAAAGCUUCUUAGCUUUUUGGGUAACAACACCUUUUCCCCGCUCUAUAUUAGGAGCAUUAACUAUGUUCUUAUACUCUUAUAAAUAUUACAACAGUUUUGAAGUACCUGUGCCUUUAGGUUUUUGAUUACCAAAUACUUUUGGCAUUUGUGUGUUUUGUAAUUAUUCAGGCAAAACGGAAUCCAGUCCUUUUAAGAAGGGGAAUUUUGCAUAUACUCCUACU